CUUUUACUUAGUUUCAAUCCUGGGAUCUGUUGACAGAAAAGAGAGAAACAAACACAGUCAAGACUAGAUUCUGGUGGUGGGCUGCACAAUAAGGUCGACCAUGGUUGGAAGGGGCAUCCUGGGUUGUUUCAUCUUGUGUCUGUCUCUGACCUCAGUAUGCGCUGUCAGAGGAACCCUUAGUUCAAUAAAGGACCUCAGGGGAAUAGAGUUUGGUCACACCUUUCCUCGACACGGCCUCAUGCUGCUCCACUGGCUAGCCAACAACAUUCGCAUUGACAACAACGGCAACAUGAGACUCAAUUUCAACCCAACCAGGGGAGACUAUGGCUUUCAUUUCUAUGGAAACAGACCACCUUCAUUACCUUUUCUGCUUCCUGAAAGCGGAAGUUACUACUCACUAGGGAAUAUGAACAGUAAUGGCUCAAGGGCACUUCCUGAUUAUGUAGCUCAAAGAUUCUACAGCUCAAGUGGACCUGAGAACAACAGGGACAGGGUCAUACUCAGAGUUAGGGAGGAUGGGUCCAAUCAGUUCAUAGUAGACGAGGUCUAUGUCACACAGCACUAUCAACAAAAUGAAAACAGAGGAAGUGGCUAUGAUCCAGACAAUACAUACCGUGUCAAUGUCAGCCUCCUUAGACAAAUCCAACGUCUCGCAACCAUUGGCCAAAAUGACAUUCCAAGUAUAUAUAAUGUAGAGAUCAACCACAACAGUUUGCAAGACCUGGAAAACAUUUGGGGACAUACACCUGGUAUGGCACUUCUUCUGGCUAUUGUAUUGUCCUUAACACUUCCCAAACUCAAAGGCCGUUGUGCACGGGCAGUUGAAACCCAAAGUGUCAUGGAGGAUAAGGAUAAUACAUUGAUUAAGCUUGAGGUGAAAACCACAGAUAGAGGAAAAGCCAGGAUCAUCUGGAGUGGGAUCCCCAAGAGGCUAUUAGACCAGCGUGUAAUGGUGGUUCUUCAUAGGAACAAUAACAGUGACAGUAAGAGCGAGCUGGACAGAUCGUCAGUCGGGGGCAAAGCCUCUGGAAGCUAUAACACCUCAGUAGCCCUUAACCCUGGUCUCCAGGUCCGGCUCCAUAAGGAGGUAAAAAAAUUGUGGAAUUACUUGUGGUUUGGGUCCACUAUCGGAGAGGAGAUCUGGAGAGGUUCUGAGUUUCACGAUGCCAACCGAGAGAUUCCUGUUGAUAUUAACGGACAUGAAGCCAGUCUGCAGCUCUUCGUAAAGGAUGGAAAGGCCUGCGCUCGUCUGUAUGUAAAGAAAUCCUUCACUGCCUGGAAGAAAACGUUUCAUAACUCCUGGGUUGGGUUCUACUCUUCUCAUAACAAAUCCACGCUCAACUAUAAUACCUGGCAAUGGGCAGUGUCUUUUUCUAAGGAAAUACGAUCAGAUUUGGAGGAUGUACCUGAGCAUGAUGUCUAUGUGUAUUACUCCAGUAUGGUCAUGUCUCCUGGGGUCCAGGCCAGAUUCAUGCUGCAGAGAAGAUCCAGUGAAGUAGCCUGUACUCUGCCCUGGGAGAGAGUUGAGCUCAGCGCGACCAGACCAUGUCACAGAGAGCUUUAGAGAUGAGCUGUUAUUACUGUUUUCACUGUUAUUACUGUUUUUUACUGUUAUUGAGUUAUUUAGGUUACUUAUCCACUCCAAAUACAUUUGUUACACUUUCCAGUAACUCAUAAUACUCUUGACAGAAUAUUGAUGAGGUAAAGUGUAUUUUGAAUGAGUUAUGAUAGGAUUUAGCUUUGGCCGGGCCAUCCAAUCCCAGCCCACUACACCGUCCUUCCUCCCUUCACACCUGGAGUAUGUGUUGUUCUACUGAGAACAGAAGUCCUUCCUCCCUCUCUUUUCUCCCUUCACACCUGGAGUAUGUGUUGUUCUACUGAGAACAGAAGUCCUUCCUCCCUCUCCUUUCUCCCUUCACACCUGGAGUAUGUGUUGUUCUACUGAGAACAGAAGUCCUUCCUCCCUCUCUUUUCUCCCUUCACACCUGGAGUAUGUGUUGUUCUACUGAGAACAGAAGUCCUUCCUCCCUCUCCUUUCU